UUCAAAGCGCGCAGAACUCAGAGACAAAAACAAAAAUUAAUCGCAAAAAACCCAAAAGACUUAAAUUCAAGAUCCGUUAAAACGAGACAAAUCAGUGACAAGUGCAGCCAAAAAAGAUAUAACAAAAUGAUCCAUAACAGAAUAGCCCACCUGCUGGGAUUGGGAAUGAUCUUGUUGUUGAUCUGGGAACCCACUCCCACGGAAAGCUAUGCUUUGGGACAAUCAAAAUAUGGAAGGAUUGAGAAGUUCCCCUACCAGGUGAUGCUCAUUGGCAAACAACUUUGGCGCAAACGCAUUUUGUGUGGAGGAACUUUGCUGGAUAGACGUUGGAUCCUCACCGCUGGACAUUGCACCAUGGGAGUGACCCAUUACGAUGUGUAUUUGGGCACCAAGAGUGUGGAGGAUACAGAGCAAUCGGGAGGAUUGGUUCUGAGAUCCAACAAGUUCAUCGUUCACGAGCAUUUCAACCCGGAGACGGCGGCCAAUGACAUUGCCUUGGUCAAGCUGCCACAGGAUAUAGGAUUCACCUCGCGGAUUCAGCCUGCCUCGCUGCCCAGCAGAUAUCGACAUGAUCAGUUCGCGGGAAUGAGUGUGGUAGCCAGUGGAUGGGGCGCCAUGGUGGAGAUGACCAACUCAGAUUCGAUGCAGUACACCGAACUGAAGGUGAUCUCGAAUGCGGAGUGUGCACAGGAGUACGAUGUGGUCACCGCGGGAGUGAUCUGUGCCAAGGGUCUGAAGGAUGAGACAGUGUGCACUGGUGACUCGGGUGGUCCUCUAGUACUUAAAGACACCCAAAUGGUGGUUGGCAUUACCAGUUUUGGGCCCGCCGAUGGAUGUGAAACCAAUAUUCCUGGAGGUUUCACCCGUGUAACUUACUAUCUAGACUGGAUAGAGAGCAAGAUUGGUGGUCAUAGUGCAGCACAUCAGCAGUACCUGCGACCCCAGCAGCAGCAGCAUCACCAUCAGUACAGUGAUAACAAUCUCAUUUAAGAUGGGUCCCUUCCAUUGCCCAUCCCAACCACUGACUGAAUCU